ACGGCCGCGCUGGCGCAUGCGCCCUGCAGAUCGCUUGCCACACACGUCUCCACGGAGGGGAGUGUUGCAGAGCCUUGUCGUUCUGACCCGAGGAGCCCUGCCUCAGAGCCUUUGGCAGAAAUGUCUAAUGCAAAAGAAAGAAAACAUGCUAAGAAAAUGAGAAAUCAGCCCACCAACGUGACUUUAUCCUCUGGCUUCGUGGCGGAUAGAGCCACAAAGCACUAUAAUGGAGGUGGGAAAUCUUUCCAAGCUCAAAAACAAGAGCUUCUUCCUGGAACUUCACGACCGCGGCAUACCAAAAUGAUCCACCAUUCCCCAGUUGAUCCUGAUGUGAAUGAACAGUCUUCCUCCAAAAUAAUGUUUAAACAAAAGGGAGGAUGGAAAGCAGGUCCUGAGGGCACCUCUCAGGAGAUUCCCAAGUAUAUAACUGCUUCUACUUUUGCUCAAGCCCGAGCUGCUGAAAUCAGUGCUAUGUUGAAAGCAGUGACCCAGAAAUCUUCUAAUUCACUGGUUUUCCAGACGCUGCCCCGGCACAUGAGACGGAGAGCCAUGAGCCACAAUGUCAAACGCCUUCCCAGGCGGUUGCAGGAAAUCGCCCAGAAAGAGGCAGAGAAAGCAGUGCACCAGAAAAAAGAACAUUCAAAAAAUAAAUGCCAUAAAGCUCGAAGAUGUCACAAAAACCGGGUGCUAGAAUUUAACCGUAGACAAAAGAAGAACAUAUGGUUAGAGACUCACAUCUGGCACGCCAAACGGUUUCACAUGGUCAAGAAGUGGGGCUACUGUCUCGGGGAGAGGCCGACAGUCAAGAGCCACAGAGCCUGCUACCGAGCCAUGACAAACCGUUGCCUUCUCCAGGAUCUAUCCUACUACUGUUGUUUGGAGCUGAAGGGCAAAGAGGAAGAAAUACUGAAGGCACUUUCUCCGAUGUGUAGUAUAGACGCAGGACUGACUUUUGCAGCAGUUCACUACUUGUCUGGAAAACGCCAAGGUAGUAUCAUACUUCACCGGGCAAAUAAAUACCCUAGAGAGAUGCUGGGGCCUGUUACAUUUAUUUGGAAGCCUGAGUGGACCCCUGGUCACACUUCUGAGAGCAGGCAGUUAUGGAUCUGGCUUCAUCCAACUCUGAAACAGGAUAUUUUAGAGGAAAUAAAAGCAGCGUGCCAGUGUAUGGAACCCAUCAAAUCAACUGUCUGUACCCCAGAGCCCCUGCUGACACCAUCGCAGGAAAAAAGCCAAACGGAACUACCUGAUGAGAGAAUUGGCAAGAAAAGAAAACGGAAAGAUGAUGGAGAAAAUGCUAAACCGGUUAAAAAAGUCAUCGGUGAUGGAACUAGAGAUCCACAUCAACCAUAUUCUUGGGUCUCUCCAGCCACGGGCGUUAUAAUCAGUGAUUUGACGAUGGAGAUGAACAGGCUCCGGUUGAUCGGUCCACUUUCCCACUCCAUCCUAACUGAGGCACUAAAAGCUGCUUCUGUCCAUACCGAGGGAGAGGACACAGAGAAGACACCUCACCAUUGGUGGAUUGAAACCUGUAAGAAUCCUGAUAGCGUUUCCCUUCAUCACAAACAAGAAGCCAUUUUUGAAUUGUUGGGAGGAAUAACAUCACCAGCAGAAAUUCCAGCCGGUACUAUUUUGGGACUGACAGUUGGGGAUCCUCGAAUAAAUUUGCCUCAAAAGAGGUCCAGAGUUUUGCCCAACCCAGAAAAAUGCCAAGAUAAUGAGAAAGUUAGACAGCUGCUUCUGGAGGGUGUGCCUGUGGACUGUGCGCAUAGCUUUAUUUGGAACCAAGCUAUCUGUAAGAAUGUCACAGAGAAUAAAAUCUCGGAUCAGGAUUUAAACCGGAAGAGAAGUGAAUUGUUGGUGCCCGGGUCACAGCUUGUUUUAGGUCCCCGUGAAUCCAAGAUACCUAUACUUUUGAUUCAACAGCCAGGAAGGGUGACUGGUGACGACCGACGAGGCUGGGGAAGUGGCUGGGAUGUCCUGCUCCCAAAGGGCUGGGGCAUGGCUUUCUGGAUUCCAUUUAUCUAUCGAGGUGCAAGAGUUGGUGGGUUAAAAGAGGCUGUGGUGCAUUCUCAGUAUAAAAGAUCGCCUGACGUCCCUGGUGAUUUCCCAGACUGCCCUGCUGGGGUUCUUUUUGCUGAAGAGCAAGCCAAGGGUCUCCUUGAAAAGUACAAAAGGCGCCCUCCUGCAAAACGGCCCAACUAUGUUAAGCUUGGCACUCUGGCACCUUUCUGCUAUCCCUGGGAGCAGUUAACUCAAGAGUGGGAAUCAAGAGUACAGACCCAAGAGAAAUCACCUGUAGCUUCCUCUCCACGUGGCAAGGAGAGUAACUUGAAAAGAGAGAAGGUGCCUUGUACCCCCACGCCUGAAAAAUCCGAUCAGCUGUCUGAUGAAGUGGGCAUGUCUCUGAGCAGCCCCAGCGAGCCCAGAGAAGUGAUGGACACAGAGUGUCCAGCCCAGAUGGGGACUGAGUGGGUAACAGGACCAGCUGCCACCAGCAGUCUCCUCUGCGUUCUUAGGAGUAGAAAAUCACUGAAGCAGCUGUCAGCCUGGUGUGGGCCCAGUUCUGGACCCCGUUGGGCAGCCCAGCGAGCUCCCAGCAGCGGGCAGCAAGCAUUGACCAGAGAGGCCUGCCUGUCCAUCUUGGACCGUUUCCCCAGGGCCCUGGUAUGGGUCAGCCUGUCCCUGCUGGGGAAGGGCAGCCCCGAGCCGCACACCAUGAUCUGUGUUCCAGCCAAGGAGGAUUUCCUCCAGCUCAGUCAGGAUCGGCUGUACUGUGGGCCCCACGAAUCCAAGCACAGUGACCCAUUCAAGAGCAAGAUCCGGAAACAGAAAGAGAAGAAGAAAAUAGAGAAGAGGCAGAACCGAGGGUGCACUGUGUCUGAGGGUCCGGCCGGGGCAUACCCUGCGGCUGGGCACCACACUCUGACCCUGGGCUUGUGGUCAGGCCCUCUCCCGGAUGUGACUUCUCAUUGCUCCAGAGUUCUCCUUGGCUUUGUCACCCAGGGAGAUUUCUCCAUGGCUGUGGGCUGUGGAGAAGCCCUGGGGUUUGUUAGCUUGACGGGUCUGCUGGAUAUGCUGUCCGGCCAGCCAGCCGCAGAGAGGGGCCUAGUGUUGCUGAGGGCCCCUGCCUCUUUGCAGUAUCGGUUUGCGAGAAUUGCCGUGGAGGUGUGAAUGCUGGUUUACGUCCUUGCAGGGCGUAGAUGUUAACUGUUUGCCAAGUCCCACCACUGGAGAGCUUUGUUUUUGCCAUGUUCUGUUUUAAAAUACCACGUGAAAUGCCUUGGAGACCAGAAUAAAAGAAUUCUGUAUUAUGCA